AAGAAGAAGUAGGAAGUGACAUUUUCAAGUGUCCUUGUGCUGGUGCGGCUUCCUGAGCUCUAAGAUCAGAAGAAGAAAAAAAAUCAACAUGUUUAGACUCUUAAGGACACUGAAUCAGGUUUCCAGACGGACCAUAACCAGGAGUGCACCCAGACACCUGGAGAAUAAAGUCUCUGCAAAGCAGAAGAUAUUUCAGGAAGACAAUGGUAUGCCAGUUCAUUUGAAGGGAGGUGCAAAAGAUGCUCUUUUGUAUAGGGCAACAAUGGCCCUUACUGUCUUUGGGAGCGGUUAUGUGGUGUAUACAUUGAUUAGUGCAGCAAUGCCCAAGAAGAAGGAAUGAACGUGCCCCUCUAUUCAUGUGUCUGAGUUGUAAAGAUGAGUAAUCCUCAGAAUGAUGUGUCCUGACAGUUAAUUUGAAUACAUUGGGAUAAUAUUUAUUGAUUGAACUAUACAGAGCAAUCACAUGUAAUAAAGCAUUCUACUGUACCAACAGUCUGUAUGUUUUCUUAAAUUUUUCACCUCUCCUCAAACACUAUAACUUGUAAAAAUUUCGUUUGAAUAAAAGAUACA